AUGCCGAAUAAUUCUUUCGAUGAAGUCCCAAUUAGGGAUACAAUUAAAUUACUCCAUGAAAAACUCUCUAAAUUGUUCUACCUGGAUAGCAUAGAAUCUCCUGAAAUUCUUCGAGAUAUUGGUUUAUCUAUUUCAAAAUGUAGUGACUACUGUAUUUCAUCUUGUGCAGAGAUUAUUAUUCCGCCUAUAAUAAUGACAAUUCACAACUGUAUUAGGAACGAGUGCAAAACCCAGUUACAUCCAACUGAUAGAAUAAGCGAUUUGAAUCACAAUAAUUCUAUUUGUAAAAAAUAUUCUCUACAAAUAGAAGAGUUGUUAAAAAUUUUGUUCAAUGUUUUACAAAAAAUCAAUAAAAAAACAUCAAAGAUUGUUUUUAGUCGCAUUUCAAUGGCUUUUUCUGAUAUAAUCCAUGUUAUAGCUAAGGUUCUACAUAUUUAUAUUCAAGAAGGAAAUGAAUUUAUUAUUGAACAUUGUAUUAAGAUAUCUCAUUUUAGCUUUAAUAUUUUUUGGGAAUAUUGGGAAUAUAAAGAUAUCAACACAGACACAAAUCAGUAUCUUAUUUUCCCAGUGACAAUACAGUUUUUAUUAACAAUAGCAAUUCCUAAUAAUAAAGAGUUCAAGUAUUCAAAAGAAAUCAGAAUCUUAUCAUUAAAGCUAUUAUCUGAAAUUCCUAGUAUUGUCAAAAAUAACGAGCCAUUAAUAAAAGUGUAUCCAGGAGUUAUUCAGAAAUUAAGUAUGGAGAUCAUUAAUUCGAUUACAAAACAUAGCCCUAAUAUACUAGAAAUUUCAUUAUUAACAAUGAUUGAAUGGAUAAGUAAUUGCCUUUGUAAUAUAAAUCCUGGAACAAUGAAUUAUCAUUCUAAUAUGGAAAAUAUUAAAAAUACGGGUAAAAUAUUGAACUAUAUUAUUAAGUAUAAAACAUUUGAAUUUAACCUGCAUGGCUCAUCUACAAAUGGUCAUAUAUACUAUUCGAACGACAAAGCAUACAUGUUAAAGGUCAGAUCAUUUCUUGUGUCUAUUGCAAGUAUGUGCUUGACAGAUUUAUUUUAUAUUUUUCAUGAUAGUUUUGAUGAACUUUUAGAAACUUCUCUAGACUUUUUGGUUUCAAUGAAAUGCGAAGAUGAUUAUAUAAAUCCAUUAGUUGAUCAUGUAUUUAAUUCGAUUUUGAAGAAUCAAAGCAAGAUCAAAAUGAUAUUUUUUUCAAAAUAUUUGCAAAAUUUUGUAGUUAGCUUUGAAUCGAUUAAUACAGAAAAACUCACCUCAGUUGAAUUUUAUGAAGAAAAUAACUUAAUAGAGUUUGUCCGUAUAUUAACUAAAUAUAUUGGUUUCCAAAAAAUAGAAAGCCAAUCUUUUCAGAAUAUAAUUUCCACAUUUCAUGCAGACAAAUUCCUAGACUUCUUUUUUAGAACGCUAAUUACUAAUCGAAGCCUAAAAAUGUAUGAAAAAACAAUUAAAGAUUUCAAGAAAACUUCUUACGGCUUCAAAUAUGAAAGCUCAUCAUUAUGUAUGGAAAAUUGGAUUAUAAAGGCAAUAGAUAUAGCAGAGAUAGUGAAAAUUUGUUUAAUCAAAAGUUAUUUUGAUGAUGUUACCAAUAAUAACGAAAAUUUUGACAACAUUGACUACAAUGAAAUUUUUCAACUUUAUGGUGAUGUAUUUACCUUAACUUUUUUCAACAUCAAGAGACUUGGGUUUGAGAAAUCAAAGUUAAUUUCUGGCUUAAUAAUAAAAUCGAUUUCAAUUUCAAUAUUAAAUUUAAGUUAUGAAAAAAUGGACCAUAAAUAUAUUUUCGGUUGUUUAAUGACAUAUUUUGUGAAGCUUAAUACUAAGAACAAAGAUGACUAUAAUUCAAUGCUAGAUUUUAUUCUUAGAAUCUCACUAUGUAAUGCUUCACAACUCAUUUUAGAUCAUUCAGUAUUAGGUAAAAUUCAAUUUUUAGAACUUCAGAAUCUUGAAAGAAAAAAGUUGCCAAAUAUUUUAAUUAAUUGGUUCGAAUUCACAGUUGAAGAACUAAAUAAAGAUUUUUGUCUCCAAAACUUAUCAGAUGGAAAAGAAAUUAAUAGAAAUAUACUAUUAAUUCUUUUGGGAAAUUUGUUAUUAAUUGCAAGAAAGAUUGAAUUAGACAACAAAAUUUUUAUUAGAAAAUUUAAUAAGAUCGUAGUAAAAUUAAUAUCACUAUAUGGUAAUGGCUCUCCAACUACUAAGAAAAUCACAACUUACGUUUUGGAUCAAGUUGUUCAUAUGUUAGGUUAUUCAUCACAGAAAUUUUCAAUCAAUACAGUUAUUAGUGAAUAUUCUGUUGAAAUUAUCAGGUCGUUAGAAAUGAUGUACUAUAAAGGCUACUCCAAAGAAAAAGUAGAUCUAAUCCUCACAGCUCUUGAACAUUGCAAGUUAGAAUUUAUUUUAGAAUUGUCUGAUAUUAUUGAAAGAUUUGAUGAUUUACAUAUUAAUAAUAAUCUUUGGAUAUUUGAGUUUGUUGCAAUAACUACAAAACGUCUCUCAAGGUACAUUUUAAGAUAUUGGAGUAACUUUUUAUUUCACAAAAUCCUCAAAAACUCUGAAAUUUCUGUUUUCAGACGGAAACUUGAAUCUUCUAAAGGAUUAAAUACCGCAAUUAAAGAAGCCUGUUACGGAUAUUUUGUAGAUUAUAUGAUUUCUCAAGAAAAUAAUAUUGUUGAAUUCUAUUCAACACAUAUUUUUACUGAAAAUGAUAUUGAAAACCAUACAUUAUAUCAUUUAAAUUUUUUAGAAGAUAAUCUACUUGAAGAAAAAUACAUUGAGGUUUCAAAUAUUCAAAAAAUUAUUGAAAGGGUAAUUCAAAUUAUUUAUUCAUAUACAUCUAAUAUUGAUGGGAAGAGCUUUACUAUCCCGAGUUAUCAACAUUUAUCCACGUAUUCGUUAUUAAAUUGUAUUUUUAUACUUUCAACUAAGCCAGCUAGUUUAUUUCCUUAUGCAAACAUGAUUAUUCCUAGCCUAAUUAAUCAAUGGUCAACUACAGUAAAUAAAAUAAAAGAUAAUAGUAUAGGCUACUUUAAAAUUGAAACGAUCAAAUUACGUGAGCUUUAUCAAACAAAUAUUAUUAUAAUGCAACUAAUUAUUUCGUGUGGAGACUUUGCAAUAAAAAUUAUGGAGGAAAAAAUAAUUCCAUUAAUUACUGAAUUUAUUGAGUUAAUUCUUGCAAAUUAUGAAAUAAUUAUAUUAAUGGAUGAUAAAGAGUCAAAAAUGAAUUCGGAAUUUCAAAAACUGUGUAUAUCCGUAUUGGAAAUUCUUUAUUAUUUCACAAAAUCUUAUCUUAAAUUAAAUAUGGCCGAAAUCAAGUUUGAGACUUUAAAUUGCAUAAUAAAAUUACUAUUAUCCCCUAGCAAUUCGUUUUUUUCCAUGAGAUGGCGGAUUGUUAUAUCAAAAAUUAUAUUGAAUAUCUUUUUUAAGUUUCCAAGUAUUAUUAAUUCUAAAUUAAUUAUUCAGAAAGAAAAUAACACCACUAUACACAUAAAAGAAUCAAUUAUAAUGAUUAAAUUGGUGGAAAAUAAUCUCGCUACUAUUUUCAACAGCAAUAUUAAUAUUAUUUCCGAAACUCAAGGGGAGUUAUAUUUAAAACAAAAAAUUAACAAAUUUUAA